GUGUGGGUUAGAGAAGGACACACAAUGCAAUAUUCAUGAGUAAGUUAGAUUUUAGGUUUCCUGGUGCCCUAAUUUUCCCUUUUGAGCCCAGUGCUUUCCAUCCUUUAUGCGUAAGAUGUGAUGAAAUCAGAAGCUAGAAUAAACAGAAUGACAGAAAAUGUAUUUAUUUUUUGUUUUAUGAUAAUGCCUCUGAUAUGCUAGUGACUUUAAGGACGUUCAAGAUAUUCAGCUUAUGCCCAGGGAAAUGCAUAAUUUAAAGGACACUCAUGCAAGCAAAAAUGAUGUUCAUGGAAAAGAAUUCUGUUAUUUCAGAUACAUCUAAAUAUGUUAUGUAGGCAACAAGCAAAGGUGUUUUUUUAAACAAACAAACAAACAAACAAACAAACGGAAAGAAAAUGGCAUUUGAUACCAAUGCCAGGGACCUGUCACACUGGCAAACACUAGUUUAUUAGCGAUAGAUGAGGCUACUGGGGGAAUGUGGAGUUUUUCGCAGUUUCCAGUACAAACUGAAUUAUUCUGCAUCUCCUAGAUUAAUGCACAGGUUGGAAUGCAGCCAUCACCUGGAAUUCACACUGUGACAUAGUGAUUUUCGGGGGGGGGGGUGCAGAAUCAAACUACAUAUUCUAAAAUCCUUAUUUUGAUAGAAAAUGCAUUUAGAAAUGCCUAUUUAAAAACAUAUUUAAAUGGAAAUUUUAAUCCCACUUGGUUUUCAAAAUUCACCGAUUAAUGCAGAAAAGGGAUAGAACACACUUGAAAGCGGAUGGAAGCAGAAACAUAACUAUUUAGAAAUACUUCCUGCACUAAGGUAGGAAUUUACAGGUGCAAGCAGGGGAGCUGGGGGGAAAAGUCAAUCCAACAUACAGGAAGAGACAGAAUUUGGGUGACUAGGUCAGAUUAUAUUCAGGUCAUACAGAUGCACCAUGUCUGCACUAUUACCACUAACAAAUAAAAUAAAAUUUAAAAAGCUACAUAAUUCAAGGGAAGGGGCUUGUUGUGAAAUACAGUGCCAUCCAUCUUAGUGAUUGUGCUAUGAAGUUACCGUAUUUUUCACUCCAUAAGAUGCACUUUUUUUCUCCUAAAAAGUAAGGGGAAAUAUCUGUGUGUCUUAUGAAGUGAAUGCUGCGCAGAGGAAGGACGGACUGGAGCCAUGGUUCCUGUCCAUCCCUCCUCCAUGGCUUGCUUUAAAGCAGCAGAGCAGGAAAGGAGCCACUUACACGGGUGUAAAGCAAGCAUAGCAGGAGCCAUGUAAUCCCUCCGCCCCCGUGUUCAGCCACCCCAUUGGGAUGGGUGGGCGCGCUCGUGCAACUCCCUUGGGAUGAUGCUUGCAUGGGUGGAGGGAUUCUACAUACAAGACUAGCAUAUAAGAUUCCUUUUAAACUAGAGGUUGUAAAAUAUGCUAAGGAGCAUGGAAAUAGAGCAGCGGAGAGACAUUUUGGGCCACCUCCAACUGAAAAAAUGGUAAGAGAGUGGAGGAAACAGGAGGAUCAGCUGCAAAAAGCAGAUAAAAGCACACUUUUCAUGGAAAUGCUGCAAAGUGGCCACAGUUGGACGUGGCCAUGAAAUAAUGGAUCACAAAUCACUGGAAUAAUGGCUUCUCAGUCUCUACAAAAAUGAUAAUAUAUGAAGCCAAAAGCAUUGCUGUAGAGAAAGGCAUUCACGAUUUUACUGGAUCACCAUUGUGGUGCUACAGAUUUAUGAGGCCAUGUGGCCUUGCUAUGCACACCAAAACUAGAAUUGCACAAAAAAUGCCAGAAGAAUAUGAAUCUAAGAUUCUGUCUUUUCAUAAAUUUGUAAGUGAUGCUAGGAAGAGAAAUGAGUUUGAAAUUGGCCAGAUUGGGAAUAUGGAUGAAGUCCCGCUAACCUUUGAUGUGCCAUCUAAUAGGACUGUUGAUCUGAAAGGUGCCAAAACUAUCGUUGUGAAAACCUCCAGACAUGAGAAAACCCGUUACACGGUUGUGUUGUCUUGCUGUGCAGACAGCACCAAAUUGCCACCCAUGUUAAUUUUCAAAAGGAAAACAUUUUCAAAAGAAGUGAUUCCAAGAGGAGUUGUUGUACAUGUUCAUGAGAAAGGAUGGAUGGACGAAAAUGGAAUGAGAGUAUGGGUUGAAAAAGUGUGGUCCAAACGUCCUGGAGGGCUUUUGAAAAAACCUGCCUUAUUAGUACUUGACCAGUUUAGAGCACAUAUUAGCGAAACUACAAAAAAGUGCUUUAAAGAAGUGAAGACUCAUCUAGCUAUAAUUCCUGGAGGUCUUACCAGCCGGUUGCAACCUCUCAACGUUUCCAUCAAAAAGCCAUUUAAGGUCUUUAUGUGAGAAGAGUGGAACAAAUGGAUGGCUGCUGAUAAUCAUGAUCUCACACCUACUGGACAAAUGAAGAGGUCCACUAUCACUCAAGUUUGUGAAUGGGUGAAAACACUCGGUGAAGGAGGAAACUGUUGUACAGUCAUUGAAAAAAUGUGGCAUUAGCAAUGCUUUGGAUGGAAACGAAGAUGGUAUCUUGUAUGAAGAUAGCGAAGAAAGUGAUGUCAGUGAUUGUGAGCAACUGAGCUUCAUAAAUUCUGACUAUAGCACUGAUGAGUUCUUGGGGUUCACAGAAGACUAGAAGAGUACUCAAACCUUAAAGUCUCUCUUCAUUUGUUAAUGCCACUGUUGACUGCUGUUCACCUUACAUGGUUAAAAUAUUAUUCUGAUAUACCGGUAGUUUAUUAAAUAGUUUAGUACAACAUUUGAUUCAGAAUAUUUUUUUUCUUGUUUUCCCCCUCUAAAAACUAGGUGAGUCUUAUGGACACUUACUUUCCUGGACCAGAGUCCACGAAAGCGUAUGACGUAAUAAAUGUGUUAACCUUGAAAGUUAACAACCCUACAGUACUGGGGGAGAGGGCCCCCAUCCCAGGGGCCACUGGAUGUGUCAAAUCUCCCUCUCUAGUGGCAGAGAGAAAAGUCCACCAUUGCAGAGAAAUAUACAAUGUUGCAAGUCCCUUCUGUAAGGAUCUGGGAAAGUCCAUUAUAGGUUCUUCUCCAACAAAGAGGAUACAUCAGGUGGUUCUCCAUGGUCAUUCUGGGAGAAUCCUCCCAUUCCCCUGACACACUACUCCACCCACACUUUCCUCUGAUGGCAUAAGCCCAACAGGGCAUUGGAUUAGGCCAUGGGUAGGCAAACUAAGGCCCAGGAUCCGGCUCAAUCGCCUUCU